CUGGAAAUAAUUAUGUUACAUCGGAAAUGAAGAUCGAUAAAAUUAAUGAACUCAUAGGACCACCCUCUGGUCGGCCGUUAAUUUUUAAUCGAGGAGCCGGUGGUCAGAACCCAUUUGGUCCGACUGAAUUAAGUGGAUAUGAUGGUGCUGUUUUCGAGGUAAUGAAAAAUGGACACGUGGCUACUAUCACUCUGUUCUAA